CACACAGACAGACACACAUGGACAGACACACACAGACACACACUGGCACUUGCUGUAGUCAUGUCUCUCAACAUGGCUUCUCCUCAUGGUUUUGGCCGUGAUGGAAACACUUAGAGAUAGAAGUGCCCUGAGAGUGUUCAGAAACACAGCAUCACUCCAACAUGGCCAAGUGUCUUCCUGGGUGCAGUCUCUUGGGAGUGGUGCAAGGGUUACCUGUUGUUUGCCUCACCGUGGGGUUCCUGCGUAAACAGCUGAGUAUAUUCUUCCUGAGUGUCAGGAUCAGAUAAGCCGUACCUUUAAAGCAUUAAAACUGUGCCUGUGGUACAGCAUGGGUUUUGCCCUGUAAUGUGGUGCAUGUCUUUCUCUACAUGUUUAUCUAUAUGAAUUCCCCAAACCACAAUGUUUUCUUUAACUGAAGCAUCAUCCAACAGUGUGUCCACUCUGUGAUGCAUUCUCACACUGACGUGUGUUUCACUGAAGAGAAUACUGCCUUGUUCUAGGCUGCAGAUGGAGAACUGCGGUGUCUUAUAGGGCUCAACACACUGGCAUCAUGAAGAUUGUUGCUCAAAUGGUGGCUGUUUGGAUACUGGCUUUCUUGGUAAAUGGCCCGAUGAUUCUGGCUUCAGAUUCUUGGAAGAACAGCACGAACACAAAGGACUGUGAGCCUGGCUUUGUUACAGAGUGGUACAUCCUCACCAUUACAAUGCUCUUGGAAUUCCUGCUUCCUGUCAUCUCUGUGGCUUAUUUCAAUGUACAGAUUUACUGGAGCCUGUGGAAGCGUAGGGCUCUCAGUAGGUGCCCUAGCCAUGCUGGAUUCUCCACUACCUCUUCCAGUGCUUCAGGACACUUACACAGAGCUGGGGUGGCUUGCAGGACAAGUAAUCCUGGAUUGAAGGAAUCAGCUGCAUCUCGUCACUCAGAAAGUCCUCGAAGAAAGAGCAGCAUCCUGGUGUCCUUAAGGACUCACAUGAACAGCAGUAUCACUGCCUUCAAAGUGGGUUCCUUCUGGCGAUCGGAAAGUGCAGCGCUUCGCCAAAGGGAGUACGCAGAGCUUCUCAGAGGCAGGAAGCUAGCCAGGUCACUGGCCAUCCUUCUGAGCGCUUUUGCCAUUUGCUGGGCUCCAUACUGUCUGUUCACAAUUGUCCUUUCAACUUACCCCAGAACGGAACGCCCCAAAUCGGUGUGGUACAGCAUUGCCUUCUGGCUGCAAUGGUUCAAUUCGUUUGUUAAUCCCUUUCUGUACCCUUUGUGUCACAGGCGUUUCCAGAAGGCUUUCUGGAAGAUACUUUGUGUGACAAAGCAACCAGCGCUGUCACAGAACCAGUCAGUAUCUUCUUGAGGAGAAUUGCUUCACGAGUGCCAACUUUAGUUUCUGUCCUCUGAAUGGAUCUGAGCUUCCAUGUUGCUCUAUCCACUCAAGCAAACAGUGUACAAAAUGUAAUGUCUGAAAACUUUAAUAAAACCCCUCCACAUGCAAGUCAGUGGAACAUGAGUCCACAGUAGUUUAGGAAACAUGACAGACUGAGAGCUGCAAAAAUACUAAUAUUUUCCUCAGGGCUCUCUGUCUCUUUCCUGAUACAACAUUUAUUGUGCUAUGCCUGAUUUCUUUCUGCACUCAGUGUUUUCCCCAGUAGUGUUAGUUUCUUUUUUCUUUGUGUGUGUGUGUGUGUGUGUGUGUGUGUGUGUGUGUGUGUGUGCAGGUGGCUUCAGAGCCCAGAAAAAGGUGCCAGACCAUGUGGAGCUGGAGUUACAGGUAGCUCUGAGACACAGAACAUGGGUGUUGGUCACUGAACCUGGGUCCUCUGUACGUUAGCACUCUUCCUUGCUGUCUGUAAGUUAGCACUCUUCCUUGCUGUCUGUAAGUUAGCACUCUUCCUUGCUGUCUGUAAGUUAGCACUCUUCCUUGCUGUCUGUAAGUUAGCAAGCACUCUUCCUUGUUGAGCAACCUCUCUAGCUCCAAGUUUCUGUUUUCCAUGUUCUGGUCACACAAAUGUGUUUAGUUUGGAACAUCAUUCCUUAAAGAACUAUUGGGCAAGAAACCUGGCCCCUGCCCCGUACCCGUGCCAUGUCAGAGAGCUCUGUGGUUAGUGGGCAGGGGACACUAGGCUGGGGUUGGCAAAACUAGGGUUGGAGUGAGCCCAGGUUAGCUCAUGGGUUUUUGUAGAUCUUCCUCCCAGAAUCCCAACAGGAAAGAGGCAUGGUGAGGACACGGUGAUCACCCUUAUUUGAAAGGUCCUCUUGUCCUGUUUUUUUCCUGCCCUCUGUUCCUGGCUUUCACAUCUCACCUAAAACUUAUCUUGGUGAGAACAUAGGUGAGAGAGGAAGGUGGAGUGGAUGGAACACCAUAUGGCCAAACUACCCUCUGUGACAUCUAUGCAACAACUGGACUCUGGUAAUCGUUUACAAAUUUAAAAAAUAAGUGUAUGAAUAUUUUGUGUACAUGUAUGUCUGUGCAACAU